ACGGUUCCCAGAAGCAGAGGGAGGUUUUUUUUUCAACUCGCAGUAAUCUAAAAUGGCCACUUCCUUAGGCUCGAACACGUACAAUAGACAGAAUUGGGAGGACUCUGAUUUCCCGAUUCUCUGUCAGACAUGUUUGGGAGAGAAUCCAUACAUCCGAAUGACCAAAGAAAAGUAUGGCAAAGAGUGCAAGAUCUGUGCCCGUCCCUUCACCGUGUUCCGCUGGUGUCCCGGGGUCAGGAUGCGCUUUAAGAAGACGGAAGUGUGUCAGACUUGCAGUAAGAUGAAAAACGUUUGUCAGACCUGCCUGUUGGAUCUGGAGUACGGUUUACCCAUUCAAGUCAGAGACACAGGGCUGUCCGUUAAAGACGACAUGCCAAGAUCGGACGUGAACAAAGAGUACUACACCCAGAACAUGGAGAGAGAGAUUGCGAACUCGGAUGGCACACGGCCGGUCGGUGCACUUGGCAAAGCCCCUGGGACCAGUGACAUGCUGUUGAAGCUCGCUCGCACCACUCCUUACUACAAGAGGAAUAGACCUCACAUCUGCUCUUUCUGGGUGAAAGGGGAGUGCCGUCGGGGAGAGGAGUGCCCUUACAGGCACGAGAAGCCCACUGAUCCGGAUGACCCGCUGGCUGAUCAGAACAUUAAGGACCGCUACUACGGCAUUAACGACCCUGUGGCUAAUAAGCUGUUGAAGCGAGCCUCCACCAUGCCUAGGUUAGACCCACCUGAGGACAAGUCCAUCACCACGCUCUACAUCGGAGGUCUAGCAGAUAGCAUUACAGAUUCAGAGCUCAGGAACCAUUUCUACCAGUUCGGGGAGAUCCGUACCAUCACUGUAGUGCAGAGGCAGCAGUGCGCCUUCAUCCAGUUUGCUACACGUCAGGCUGCUGAGAUGGCUGCGGAGAAAUCCUUCAACAAGCUCAUCAUUCAUGGCCAUCGCCUCAAUGUCAAGUGGGGCCGGUCGCAAGCAGCACGAGGUAAAGAUGGAGAAAAGGAAGGUGUGACUGAGAGUGGAAUCAGACUGGAGCCUGUGCCUGGCCUCCCUGGAGCAUUGCCCCCACCACCUGUCUCUACUGAUGAUAUCUCGGCCAACUAUUUCAACUUGGCACCUAACACCGGCCCUGCAGUCAUGAAUUUAGGAAUCCCUCCUCCUCCUGGAGUAGCCAUGCCUCCACCUCCAGGUUUUGGGCCCCCGAUGUACCCCUCCAUGGAUCCUAUGGCCCCUCCUAUGCCACCUCCAAUGGCUAUGAGACCUCCAGGUCAGGUGCAUUAUCCUUCCCAGGAUCCUUUGCGUAUGGGUGCCCAUGCCAGUCGCGGAGGCUCCUAGACUCCAAGGACGCUACCUCGCUAUACUGAUGUUUAUAGGACUGAAGAAGACUCUGCCUUUUUGCCAAUGCCCCACCCCAAAUUUGUGGAGUCUUUUUUACAUCAGUAAACUUUUAUGAACUUGGUGAACUUGUAGUGUUCCUGCUCUUAUAGAAAUAAAUAUCGAAACUAAUUAUAGCCAGAUGAAAAUGAUAGGACGUCCCUCAUUUGUAAUGCUUUUAUAUUUGGAAUUUGAUGUCUCAAUGCAGAGAGGAGAGUGUUGGGUUUUUUUUUUCCCUCCAAUUUGAAGAAAUGUGGCAUUUUUCUUUUUACAGUACUGUGUAACAAGCAAAAAUGACUUGCAUUGACCAAUAAAUACCACAUGAGGUCGCUGCUGACUGCUCAUGUAGUUCCUGUGACCAACCAAAUCAAGUGAUCAGUAUCGAGAAUCGAUUUGUCAAGCAAGAGACAACAAAAGACUUAACAAAUACGAAUUCUCAUUUUGUCUUGUUCUGUUUUAAUGUCCUCAUGACUUGUGUAAAGUUGUAAACCUUAAUUAGAAAACACUCGUGUCUGUUGGCUCAGUUUGCAGUUUAUAUGAUGACAUUUUAUACAUGUUGAUGAAGUGUAGUGUGUGUGCGCACACAAUGAGCGAGUGCCCCAGGAUAUUGGAAAUGCAGACUGCUUUACAGUUCCAAGGUCUCAGCAGUGCUUUAAGCUCUCCAGCCUCUCGGGACGCGGUUAAAGUUGGGCCGAGCACACAUUCUCUCCCAGGUGAGAUUGGGCUCCGUGUGGGCCUCCAUGAGUUCAAAGCCAGGCAGACGCAGGGUCCGGGUGCCACCUGUUGUCCCUCCAAAUGGCAUUGGAGCUCUGUGAAAGCAGAGUUCUCAUCAGGGUUUGUUUAUAGGUCUGGUCUGGGAAGUCUUUUUCUUACAUACGGAAAUGUGGAGUAAGUAAUUUGCCACCAGAACCUCAGGUGGUCUUUGAGGGUCAGGAGCAAUUCGGCUCGGUACAAUGCAAGUCUGUUAGAAUUUUUAUGCGAGCUGCAUCUGCACCACCCACACACCACAAGCUCAGGUGAGCAAGGUGGCUGCAGUUUUCAGUUGUCAAAUUGGUAAAGAUGGAGUCGAGUACAAUAAGCUGGUUGCAUAAGUGUGCACACCCUUAAACUAAUACUCUGCUGAAGCACCUUUAGAUUUAAUUACAGCGUUCAGUCUUUUUGGGUCGGAGUCUAUCAGGCUGUCACAUCUAGACUUGGCAAUAUUUGCCCGCUCUUCCUUGCAAAAGCGCUCCAAAUCUGUCAGAUUGCGAGGGCGUCUCUUGUGCACAGCUCUCUUCAGGUCACCCCACAGAUUUUCAAUUGGAUUUAGGUCUGGGCUCUGGCUGGGCCGUUCCAAGACUUUUUUGGGGUCGUUGUCGUGCUGAAAGAUGAAAUUCAUCUUCAGCUUUCUAGCAGAUACCUGAAGGUUUUGGGCCAAAAUUGACUGGUAUUUAGAACUGUUCAUAAUUCCCUCCACCUUGACUAAAGUCCCUGUUCCAGCUGAAGAAAAACAACCCCAAGACAUGAUGCUGCCGCCACCAUGCUUCACCGUGGGUAUGGUGUUCUUUUGGUGAUGCGCAGUGUUGUUUUUGCGCCAAACAUACCUUUUGGAAUUGUGGCCCAAAAGUUCAACCUUGGUUUCAUCAGACCAUAACACAUUUUCCCCACAUGCUUUUGGAAGAGUUGAUGCACUUUUUUUUUUUUUUGCAAAAUUCCGCCGAGCCUGGAUGUUUUUCUGUGACGCUACCUAAUAGUCCAGACAUAUGGAGAAUACGGGAGAUUGUUGCCACAUGUAGUACACAACCAGUACUUGCCAGAAAUUCCUGCAGCUCCUUCAGUGUUGCUGUCGGCCUCUCUGUAGCCUCCCUGACCAGUUUUCGUCUCGUCUUUUCAUCAAUUUUGGAGAGACGUCCAGUUCUCGGUAAUGUCACUGUUGUCCCAUAUUUUCUUCACUGUGCUCCAUGGUUUAUCUAAUGGCGUGGAAGUGUUUUUGUACCCUUCUCCUGACUGAUACCUUUCAACAAUGAGAUCCCUCUGAUGCUUUGUAAGCUCUCUGUGAACCCUGGCUUUUGCUGGAGGAUGCAACGGAGUAAAUGUCUGAACUUUAUUUGGGGUUAAUCAGAGUCAUUUUAAUUGAUGGCAGGUGUGAACCCAAAAAGACUGAAUGCUGUAAUUAAAUCAAAACGUGCUUCAACAAAGUAUUAGUUGGAGGGUGUGCACACUUAUGCAACCAGCUUACUGUAUGUUUUUAUUUUUUUACAUUUUCCCCUAACAGAUUUGUUUGCUUUUUAAUUGAAUUGUACAGGUUAUAGGUCACAUUAAAGGUGGGAAAAGUUUUGAAAUGA